AUGGAUUUUGAAAGGGACCAAGAACGUUUAUUAAGACUUUAUGAAGAGGUUUUAACUGGUUCAGAGGCUGAACCAGAUGAUGAUGAUGAAAACAGUUUGGUAGACGACCAUCUGAAAAUUUUAGAAGAUGUAGCCUCGGGACAGGAGUUCUCCGAUAAUGAUGAAAAUUUGGUUGAUGAAAAAGAGGAUGAGGAUGAUGAAGCUAAAUUCAGCGAAUCUAUGGAUAAUGAAAAAAUGGACGUAAAUAUAAUUAGAUAUAUAUUAAAUCAGAAAGAUAUUAUUAUUGAAGAGCUACGAGAUAAAAUUAAACUGCUAAAUAAACACAUAAAUUUAUUAAACAAAUUUAAUAAUAAAGAUAAUGCUAUCCAGGGUGAAACACCGACUAAUACAAUCAGUAAGAAUACCGAAAUUAUAAUUAGUUCUUUACUAAAUAUACAACCUUCGAAACCAGUAUUAGAUAUAAACACUGGGGAACCUCCAGAAGAAAUAGAAAACAAGAUUAGUCGCCAAGAAAGGAAUACCCACGAGCCGUUUGAAAACAAUAAUAAACAAAUACACAUUACGCAGGUCUCUGCGGGAUUUUAUUUUGCUCAGGGUGAAAUAAUAUUAAAAUAUCAAAUAAAUAUGAAUGACGAAAUCACUAGUGAUACGAACACUGAAAAUAACUGGAAAACAGUUGUUAAUAAAAAUCGUGAUAGAACACAAAUUGUAGUAGGGAGCAAUCGCGAACAAAAUAAAGUAGAAGCAGUUGAAGGUACAGCUACACUAUACGUAUAUCACCUAAAUCCACAUACCAUAGCAGCUGCUUUAUGUGAUUUGAUAAAAAAACAAUUUCCAGAAAUAAAGUGCAAACAAAUAAAUAAAUUCAAAACAUCCUAA